ACAGACUGGUACAGGUACAGACUGGAGUUGGGAGGAUAAAUUAGUCAGUGGGGUGCGUGCGCGUGCGUGCGUCACGCGCUGCAAGAAGAACUGGCCAGAGCGCUAAAUUGAUCAGUGGCACAUUAUAGCUUUAGCUUGCCAGCUGAUCGGAGCUAACUGUUUCGUUCGGCUUGUGUUUCACAACCUGAUAUCCUGCGAGCCCCCACCCCACAUUCGUUCUCAGCUGCCUCCUCCCCCUCUUUUUUGUCCUCAGGGGCGCUUGCCGGAGAGUAACGAGGCUAACAGACAGCUCAACAUUGGCAGAAAUAAGGAAUAGAGGGAUCCGAGUCUUCUCACAAACGGAUUGCCUUCGGGGAAGAUGAGCAGAUCCUACGCGGCCCAGAGCCCAGUGCAGAGAAGCAAGAGCGGCUAUGGAGACCCGAAGAUGUCGCCGUUGUCCCCUCGCGAUUGAUGCUUCUACUUUCUGUCAAUGUGUCCCUUUACUGGAUUUUACGACGGUUGGAUUGGUUCUUUUGCACUUAAAAUGCCAGUAAUGUCUCUGGCGAAAAGGAUGACACCUUAGUGAGCACAGGGUAAAAAAAAAAAAAAUCAAUCGAUACUUGUGAUGAUCUAUUUUUGCAUCCGAACAAUGUGUCGUAAAGAAGAGGAAAAGAGAAUUAAUAUCGGAUCUCGUGCAUCUAUCUAUAGCAGAGAUGCAAAUCCAUGCCAGUAAACGUGAGCGCGAGGUGACCGAAGGCAGAUUAUAGCUAACGUUACUGUGGCAAAUAUUGCGGAUGUUGCGAAAUAAACAAAUAAUAAUUUGUAUCCUAUUUCCCUCUGUUUUAAAUAGAUGUUCAUACUGUGAUAAUCCUAAUGAACAGUUAAAACUGAACUAAAACGAUUGUUUUAAAUGUUUUCAUUUCUGUUCACUUGGUUAUCACAUCUAGAUCGUAUAGCCUAAAUAAUUGUAGCUAUGAUAAUUACAACCUGAAUUUUCAAGGAAAAGCACGGGAGAGAGUCCGCUCUGAAAAAUAAGGAUGGAGCCACAGAAAACGAGAGAUGUACUCAAGAAUGACAUGGCCGUGGAAAUAUGUUGAUUUAGGACAUACAAUGAGGUGAUGAUGGACCAUUUUGUGUGCUGAAGUGUGAAACGAACCUAAACUGCAAAAUAUAAGGCACGCUUAUUUGCUCCAUUUUGUUUGUUUGUUUUUUGUUCGUUUUAUUUUUCGUUUUUGCCUAAAAUUUAACCAUCAGCUCUUGGAGUCUACCGCGUCACAUAUACACGCCAGGAAGACAAAUGUGUACUCCAGUUAUACACGUAUUAAGUUUUGAAGCAGAUGGGAUGUAAUGUGGUGUGGUCGCGUUGAAUAUUCGCCCCCUUUUUUCCUGCUUCGUGAAGACUGGCAUUUGGAGUCUAUAGAAUGGCUCGGUUCGGAGAUGAGGUGCCGUCCAGGUAUGGCGGAGGACCGGGACACGCUCAAGGGGGACCCGGCCGCGGCGGCAGCAGGCAGGGUGGCCCGCCGGGUCAGAGAAUGUACAAGCAGUCAAUGGCCCAGCGAGCCAGAACUAUGGCCCUGUACAACCCUAUACCGGUGCGGCAAAACUGCUUCACUGUCAACCGCUCUCUGUUCAUCUUCAGCGAGGACAACUUUGUGAGAAAAUACGCCAAAAAGAUCACCGAAUGGCCUCCAUUUGAGUACAUGAUCCUGGCUACCAUCAUCGCUAACUGCAUUGUCCUAGCCCUGGAACAACACCUUCCAGAUGGGGACAAGACACCUAUGUCAGAGCGCUUGGAGGAUACAGAACCUUACUUCAUCGGCAUUUUCUGUUUCGAGUCAGGCAUUAAGAUCUUGGCCCUGGGCUUUGCCUUCCACAAGGGCUCUUACCUACGUAAUGGCUGGAAUGUCAUGGACUUUGUAGUGGUGCUUACUGGAAUACUGUCAACAGUGGGCUCAGACUUUGACCUGAGGACCCUGCGUGCUGUUCGAGUGUUGAGACCUCUCAAACUUGUGUCUGGGAUUCCAAGCUUGCAGGUUGUUCUCAAAUCCAUUAUGAAAGCCAUGAUCCCACUGCUGCAGAUCGGUCUGCUGCUCUUCUUUGCCAUUCUAAUGUUCGCCAUCAUUGGUCUAGAGUUCUAUAUGGGCAAAUUUCAUACCACAUGCUUUGACAAUAUCACUGAUGAAAUCCGAGAGGAGUUUCCUUGCGGGAAUGAAACUGGCGCUCGGAAGUGUCCAAAUGGAACAGUAUGUAAAAAGUACUGGCUUGGACCUAACUAUGGUAUUACCCAGUUUGACAACAUCCUGUUUGCCGUGCUCACAGUCUUCCAGUGCAUCACCAUGGAGGGCUGGACUGACCUGCUAUACUAUAGCAAUGAUGCUUCAGGGAGCGCAUGGAACUGGAUGUACUUCAUCCCCCUCAUCAUCAUCGGCUCCUUCUUCAUGCUCAAUCUUGUACUGGGUGUGUUGUCAGGAGAGUUUGCGAAAGAAAGGGAGCGUGUGGAGAACAGGAGCGAGUUUCUUAAGCUGAAGCGUCAGCAGCAGAUAGAGAGAGAGCUGAACGGAUAUCUGGAGUGGAUCUGCAAAGCAGAAGAGGUGAUUCUGGCUGACGAUGACAAUGACCCAGAUGACCGGAUGCCCUUUGACGGCUCAAAGAGGAGGCCCACAAUUAAGAAGAAUAAAACUGAGCUGCUCGAUGCAGAGGAUGGAGAUGGAGAUAUAGGUUCUCCAUUUGCACGGGGCAGUCUGAAGAGCUCGAAGCUGGAGGGCUCUUCCUUCCAUAAAAAGGAGCGUCGACUGAGAUUCUUCAUUAGGCACAUAGUGAAGACGCAAACAUUCUACUGGUCUGUGCUUUGUCUGGUGGGACUCAACACACUGUGUGUGGCUGCCGUGCACUAUGACCAGCCUGACCUGCUCUCCGAUUUCCUCUACUUUGCUGAGUUCACCUUCCUGGGGAUCUUUAUGGCAGAGAUGUGUAUUAAGAUGUAUGGGCUCGGGACAAGACCUUAUUUUCACUCCUCCUUCAACUGUUUUGACUGCAUCGUCAUUUGUGGCAGCAUUUUCGAGGUGCUCUGGGCUAUGAUCCAGCCAGGAACCUCGUUUGGGAUCAGUGUGUUACGAGCUCUCAGGUUACUGAGGAUCUUCAAAGUGACCAAAUAUUGGGCAUCUCUGAGGAACCUGGUGGUGUCUUUGUUGAACUCCAUGAAGUCCAUCAUCAGUUUACUCUUCCUCCUUUUCCUCUUCAUUGUGGUUUUUGCAUUGCUGGGCAUGCAGCUGUUUGGAGGACAAUUUAAUUUUGAAUCCGGCACACCACCAACAAACUUUGAUACUUUUCCUGCAGCAAUAAUGACAGUGUUUCAGAUCCUGACAGGUGAAGACUGGAACAUGGUCAUGUAUGAUGGGAUUGAGUCUCAGGGUGGAGUCAGAACGGGCAUGGUCUUCUCAGUCUUCUUCAUUGUUCUUACACUCUUCGGCAACUAUACUUUGCUCAAUGUGUUCUUGGCUAUCGCUGUGGACAAUCUGGCCAAUGCACAAGAGCUGACCAAGGAUGAACAGGAGGAAGAGCAGGCAGCCAAUAAGAAAAUGGCUCUUCAGACGGCGAAGGAAGUAGCUGAGGUCAGCCCACUGUCUGCAGCCAGCCUCUCCAUUGCUGCCGUGACAGUAAACUCUGAGCGUCUUGAUGCAACAGAACACUUUCUGGACUGCAAUCAGCAACAGAAGAACAACAAAGGUUGUAAGUCAGUAUGGGAGCAGCGCACUAGUGAGUUGAGGCGACAGACCCUGGUAAACAGCAGAGAGGCUCUUUACAAUGAGUUGGAACCUGAAGAACGCUGGAAGGUCUCGUACUCCCGUCACAUUCGUCCCGAUAUGAAGACUCACCUGGACCGGCCAUUGGUCGUGGACCCUCAGGAGAACCGCAAUAACAAUACCAACAAAAGCCGUCCGGGUGAUGGCCAGCCCCAGCGUACUCAUCAGCUCCUGCACAAACAGCCCAACUUCAAUGAGGGGGAGAGUGGAGGAGGAGGUGGAGGAUCUGGGCCCUGGCCACCGUUGGAAAGAGGGGACUCUACAGGAUCUCGUCGGAGUCUUUUGGGCUCUGAGAACCAUGGGGAGGGUAGAGAGUCUCACCGCAGACAUCAGCAUGGCGAGCGCUGCAGCCAAGCCCGUCAACAUCGUAAAGCCCCAGAAGAGGACGGAGAGGGUGGAGGGAGGAGACACAGGAAUAAGGGCAGGGAAAGAGGACCUGAGUGUGAGCAUACAGAUGGAGGAGAGCGUAAACACAGACGUCAUCGUCAUGAGGGCGAGGGAAGGAAAGAGAGAGGGGUGCGACACCGAACCAGGAAGGAUGGUCAUGGAAGUGGCCUUACUCUCUCCACGACUCGUCCCAUUCAGAAGACUCUGUCCAGGCAGGACAGUCAGUACAGUGAGGACCUGGACAAUGCCAUGAACAACAAGCUUGCCACCCAGCCACCUAGUAACUCCACCCCACAUGAUAGUCUGCUCAAUCUGGCCAACAGUGCCCACAGUGCCGGCCUGGCACAUACUGGCACAGAGAGCAGCCUCAUUCUCACCAACCCUUCCUCAUCUACUGCUAAUGUUGCUAGCACUGGACACCUGGGCAUGAAACCUGACUACACUGCCGUGGACAUCCCCCCGAUGUUCCCCUCCAGUAACGCCAUCCUACAGGUCAAUAAAAAUGCCAACACUGAGCCCCUGCCCAAGAAGGAAGACACAAAGGGUGAUGAUGAUGAUGAUGAUAAGAAAGAUGAUGGGGAUAAGAAACCCAUGCCACCCUUCUCCUCAAUGUUCAUUCUGUCUACCACCAACCCAUUUCGGAGGUUGUGCCACUAUAUCGUCACGCUCCGAUAUUUUGAGAUGUGUAUUCUGUUGGUCAUUGCGAUGAGCAGUAUUGCCCUGGCCGCUGAAGACCCCGUCUGGCCCGAAUCUCCCCGCAAUAAUGUCCUGCGGUACUUUGACUAUGUGUUCACGGGUGUGUUCACCUUUGAGAUGCUCAUUAAGAUGGUGGAUUUAGGUCUUGUCCUGCAUCAAGGCUCAUAUUUCCGUGACCUGUGGAACAUCCUGGACUUUAUAGUGGUUAGUGGUGCCCUGGUGGCGUUCGCCUUCACAGGAAGCAGCAAAGGGAAAGACAUCAGUACUAUCAAGUCCCUGCGUGUGCUCCGAGUUCUGCGGCCUCUGAAAACCAUCAAGCGUCUGCCCAAGCUGAAGGCUGUCUUUGACUGUGUGGUGAACUCUCUGAAGAAUGUGUUGAACAUCCUCAUUGUCUACAUGCUGUUCAUGUUCAUCUUUGCUGUGGUGGCUGUGCAGCUCUUUAAGGGCCGUUUCUUCUACUGUACUGAUGAAUCCAAGGAGUUUGAGCGAGAUUGCAGGGGCGAGUAUCUUGUCUAUGAAAGAGAUAACGAAGUGCGGGCGCAGAAGCGGGAAUGGAAGAAAUACGAUUUCCACUACGACAACGUGCUCUGGGCCCUUCUCACCCUCUUCACGGUAUCUACGGGAGAGGGGUGGCCGCAGGUGCUGAAACAUUCAGUGGAUGCGACCUACGAGAAUCAGGGCCCGAGCCCAGGUUACCGGAUGGAAAUGUCCAUCUUUUACGUGGUGUACUUUGUGGUCUUCCCCUUCUUCUUCGUCAACAUCUUCGUGGCUCUCAUCAUCAUCACUUUCCAGGAGCAAGGAGACAAAAUGAUGGAGGACUACAGCCUGGAAAAGAAUGAGAGAGCUUGUAUAGACUUCGCCAUCAAUGCAAGACCGCUCACACGUCACAUGCCUCAGAACAAGCAAACGUUCCAGUACCGCAUGUGGGAGUUUGUGGUGUCUCCUCCAUUUGAAUAUACCAUCAUGGCCUUGAUUGCCCUCAAUACCAUUGUCCUUAUGAUGAAGUAUGAUGGAGCAUCACUUGCCUAUGAAGCUGUGUUAGGCAACCUGAACAUAGUGUUCACCUCACUUUUCUCCAUGGAGUGUAUACUGAAGAUCAUUGCCUUUGGAGUGCUGAACUACUUCAAAGAUGCCUGGAACAUCUUCGACUGUGUGACUGUACUUGGCAGCAUCACUGAUAUUUUAGUCACAGAGCUAGGGAACAACUUCAUAAAUCUGAGUUUUCUAAGGCUCUUCAGAGCUGCUCGUCUCAUUAAGUUGCUCAGGCAGGGUGAGACCAUACGCAUCCUGCUCUGGACCUUUGUCCAGUCUUUCAAGGCUCUACCGUAUGUGUGCCUACUCAUCGCCAUGCUGUUCUUCAUCUACGCCAUCAUUGGCAUGCAGCUGUUUGGGAACAUCAGUAUUGAGGAGGAAAGUGAGAGUGCCAUUAACCAGCACAACAACUUCAGGACUUUUUUCCAGGCCUUAAUGCUGCUCUUCAGGAGUGCUACAGGUGAGGCAUGGCAUGAAAUCAUGCUGUCUUGUCUGGGAAAGAAGAAAUGUGAUCGUUUAUCUGGUAACACGGAAGCAGAAUGUGGGAGCGAGUUUGCCUACCUCUACUUUGUCUCCUUCAUCUUCCUCUGUUCCUUUCUGAUGCUCAAUCUUUUCGUGGCUGUGAUCAUGGAUAAUUUUGAGUACCUGACACGUGACUCCUCUAUCCUGGGACCCCAUCAUCUGGACGAGUAUGUGAGGAUCUGGGCAGAGUAUGAUCCAGCUGCUUGUGGCAGAAUCAGUUACAGGGAUAUGUAUGAGAUGCUCAGGCACAUGUCUCCUCCAUUAGGCCUGGGGAAGAAGUGCCCUGCACGGGUUGCCUACAAGAGAUUGUUGCGGAUGGAUCUGCCGGUUGCCGAUGACAACACAGUUCACUUUAAUUCUACCCUUAUGGCCUUAAUCCGAACUGCUCUGGACAUCAAGAUCGCCAAGGGUGGGGAAGGAGGUGUAGAUAAACACCAGAUGGAUGCUGAACUAAGGAAGGAGAUGAUGGCGAUAUGGCCUAAUCUCUCUCAGAAGACUCUGGACCUUCUGGUGACGCCACACAAGUCAGCUACAGACCUGACAGUGGGAAAAAUCUACGCUGCCAUGAUGAUUAUGGAGUACUAUCGGCAAAGUAAAGCCAAACGGACACAAGCUCUCCACGAUGAGCAGAAUCGAACGCCAUUAAUGUUUCAGCGUGUGGAGCCGCCGUCUCCAAGCCAGGAUGUGGGGCAGGGACUCACUGGCCUUCCUGAAACUCAACCGCACCCAGCAAAUCAUCUGCCUGUUGAUGAAAGGAUACCGGAGAGCCAAUCAUGGGUGACGGCGAGAGCUCAAGAGAUGUCUCAGAAAGCAGGCAGCUGGAGUCCUGAAGGCCAACACCCAGAAGACACAGCAGAUAACCACAGACAAUCUCAGACAGUAGAGAUGAGAGAGAUGGGGCGGGACGGUUACUCGGACACUGAGCACUAUCUGCCGAUGGAAGGCCAUGGCAGGGCUGCUUCCAUGCCUCGACUCCCAGCAGACAACCAACAGCCAAGGAGGAAAGGAAGGCACCGGGGAGAUAAUCUCACUCAGACAAUCACCGAUAACAGUCCUAUGAAGCGCUCCGCUUCAUCUCUGGGACACGGGCGUCCAGGCCGCUCAAUGCGGGGUGAGGACUACGCCAUGGAGAGGGUCAUCCCAGAAGAGGGUCACAGACAUGGGCAUCGCCAUCGAGACCGCAGUCACCGCACGUCAGAGCGGUCCCUGAGCCGCUACACUGAUGCUGACACAGCAGGUCUUGGUACUGAUCUCAGCACCACCACACAGUCAGGAGACCUGCCAUCCAAGGAGAGGGACCGGGGCCGGGCCAAAGACCGCAAGCACCACCAUCAUCACCAUCACCACCACAGUUCUGUAGAUAAGGAGCACUACGGACAUGAGAGAGAACGAGGGGACUACAGCCACAGACAGUCUAGAGAGGGAGAACGCCGCUGGUCCCGCUCACCGAGUGAGGGCAGAGAGUGCCUGACUCACAGACAGGGCAGUAGUUCAGUAAGCGGCAGUCCAGUCCCCUCCACCUCCGGGACCAGCACUCCCCGCCGCGGCCGGCGUCAGCUUCCCCAAACCCCUGCCACGCCCCGGCCCCACGUCACCUAUUCUCCUGUGGUCCGUAAGCCCAUCGGUGGCACCCCCCCUCCCGGCCAGCAGAACCGACUCCCUACUCCGACCUCCCGUCGGUUCAGUCCGCCUGGCCCCGAGCCCCCGCUUCCCCCUCACCACCACCCGUCGCCUCCCCACCACGGCUCUCCCCGCUCCUCCCGUCAUGCGCACUGGGGCCCUGGUCUUACGGAGAGUGUGGAGGGCGACGGUUUCUACGACGACCAAGACUACGAGUUCAAUCACAACGAGCCCCCAUCUUACGAGCAAAGCCCUGUGCAGGGCAACCCUCACCCACAUUCCCCCAGGACUUCCCGCCACAGCACCCCCCCUCAGGGCCACCCGCGUCGCAUGCCGAACGGCUACCGUUCGUCCUCGCCCUCUCCGCACCACCACGCCCCCACCCACCCAGGAACGCAUAAGCCUCCUCAUCCCAGAGGGCCCAGGAAGGGCCUCCAUGAACCCUACAGUGAGACUGAUGAGGAUGACUGGUGCUAGCCUCUGGGACGGGGAGGGGCUAGUCCUUCCGCACUUUUCUGGAACGGACUGCCACCACACAGAGCGUAGGCUCACAGUAAAACAAUACUCUCACUGGAUUGGCAGAUCUGUCCGGGGAAACACUUGGCAGUGCGCUGAAUGUCCACAGGGGAAAUCAAGGCAUGAUUCGUUUCUUUCUAUUUCUUGUUUAUUUUCCAUUUCCUCUGCUGCCAAGUGUUUCUCUGAAAGCGACGGACCGCUGACAGUGAAUAUGAUGACUAAAGAAUAUGAAAUCCUGUUCCUAGCCUUUUUCUGAAGAAUACAAAAAAUGUUUUGAUAAGGAGGAGGAAUGUCUGAACUUUUUUCCCCCAGGACAUUUCAUGCAGUCCCUCCGGAAAUGAGACGCUACAAACUCUCCUUUAGCACUCGUUUAAAAAAAGGUGGAUCACUUUUUAUUUCACAGAACUUGACUGGAGAUUAAUUUAUUGCAAAAAUCAGUCCAGAUGCUGGGAAAUAUCGAUGAGUUUUAUCAUCUAUGUUUACUGUUAAUAAUUAUCCCAGUUGAGGGGGAGGCGUUUGCCCGUGCGGGUAAGUUGUGGGUGGGAGAUGGAGGUGAACUCACCUGAACUAAAAUAGGAAAGCCCACCCUGCACUUCAGCCCCCCGAACGCAAGAAAGAAGAAUCACAAACAAACAGACAAAACAGGAGAGAAAAA